GCUCCAUCUCACCUUUUUCUCCAAAACCUUUGAGACACAAAAGAGAGCAUAAAAGAUGUCAAAGAUCAACGCUCUCCGCCGUUGUCUCCUCCCGUGCAUCACACCUCCGACGAAUCCAACCACCGCAUCAUCCACUACCACCGGAGUCUCCAAGAAACGUCUCAGCACUUCCCUCAGAGACGACAUCGACAUUCAAGACUCAGCUUCUUCCUCCGCCUCUUCCUCCGAGGCCACGUCUUUCUCCGCCGCCGUCGAUUCAGGUUACCUCUCCCCCGUCGCGGCGCCGCAGAGACCGUCGAGGACGAUGGUGAUCGGCACGCUUUUCGGGAGGAGAAAGGGACACGUGUGGUUCUGCGUCCAGCACGACCGUCUCUCCGUCAAACCGCUCCUCCUCCUCGAGCUCUCCAUCACGACGAGCCAGCUAGUUCACGAGAUGGACUCGGGUCUUGUCCGAGUCGCUCUCGAAUGCCCGACACGACCGGAGCUAAAGUCUUGCUCGUUGAAAUCCGUGCCGGUUUGGGCGAUGUUCUGCAACGGGAAGAAGUCAGGUUUUGCAGUAAGGAGGAGCGCUAGUGAAGAGACAAGGGUGAUGCUGAAGAGGUUGGAGUCGACCACCGUUGGUGCCGGCGUGUUGCCAUGUGGAUCCGGGGAUCUUGAUGAAGUUAUGUAUAUGAGGGCGAGUUAUGAGCAUGUUGUGGGUAGCUCUGACUCGGAGUCUUUCCAUCUCAUUAACCCGGAUGCUAACUCGGCUCAAGAACUCAGCAUCUUCUUGCUUAGGACAUCUUCUUAAUUACCUUUUGUAGUAU